AUGCAAGGACAGACACGCAGGGACGUGGGACAAACACAGGGGCAGACACUGAGACAGACGCAGGAACGUGAGACACAAACACAAGGACACAGGCAUGGACACGGACAUGGGGACGUGGACACACACACACACGGACUCUGCCGGAAGGCAGGAGCUGGGGAGCACGGCGAGGCCACGGCCAGCUCUGGAGUGGUGCCGUGUCUCGCUGGGCCUGGGGGACGCCUGACCACAGCGCUGGUCGUUGCAGAGUGGAUCGAGCGCCAGCAAGCCAAGAACAAAUUCUACUAUUACCACCAGAAGUUUCGCCGCGUGCCCGACCUGAGCGAGUGCAUGGAGGGCGACUACCUCUGCUUCUUUGAGGCCGAAGCACAGUGGAGGAGGGAUAGGAUGGUGGAUCAAGAAAUUGUGGCAAUUGUCCGGGAAAGGGUGGGUGCGUGCCAGCAAAGGGAAGGACCAAAUCAGUAUCAGAACUGUGCAAAGGAGAUGGAGCAGCUGGUUCAAGUCACCAAAGCCUAUCAGGACAAAUACGGAGAUCUUGGUGUCCAUGGAAAUGCGAGGACAUGUUUGAUGAAGCAGAAGCACAGGAUGAUGGAAGAAAGGAAGGCACAAGCAAACGCAGAUGAGUAAAUCUGAAUACAAAAUGGUUAGCACUUGUCAGUGGUGCAUGAACCCAACAAUGCAUGGUGCAUCUUUGAACUGUGACGUUGACCCGUACAAUAAACUUGCAGCCCAGACAUCUGCCAUA